GCAACAGAGAGCUAUGAAGAGAGCUGUGGUAAUAUUAGUAAGUGUGACAUUUGCUGGGCAGAAUGUGAGUUCCUAUUCUUCUGCAAUACCAACAGGCAAACUUUUUUUGUUUGCCCAUAUGCUUGGUACAAAAGGCAAAAAAAUAAUGGGUACAUACUCAGCUGUGCAUCAGGAGAUCCCCAAAUGUUACCUCUGGGCAAUGCCCUUUCUUCUGAUCUCUCUCACGUUAGUGCUUUAUGCUGGUGUUUCUAAUGCCACACAGGAGAAUACAGCCACUUCAAGCAAUUCCUCUUUCCAUCCAAUAGAGUUUUGGAUGAACACAAUGACUGCUGAACCAUGGCAACCAUUUCUGUCUCAGACUCCAGAAAAAGAGAAAGCCAAGGAGGGUGAAACAGUGGUCUUUGGAUGCCAGUAUCACAGUCCCCAAGGAUCGUCUUUGAAUAACCUCACAGUGAAGUGGUAUAAGCGGGAUGGAAAAGGACAGAAGGAUGUCAUGGAAAAUAAUGUCACUGCCCUGGAAAACAACACUAGAAUUUUCAUGGCUGGGAAUUUAUCAGAAGGUGAUGCUUCACUGACUAUCUUAAAAGUGACAGCCAGUGAUCAUGGCACUUAUUACUGCCAAGUGAUUCUUUCCAGUGGUGAUGUGGUGACCGGCGAUGGCACAAAACUUAGAAUCCAGAGAGCACUAGGAUGGCUUGGUAUAGAAGAAUCGAUUGGAACAAUCAUUGGUGUGGUGGCUGCUGGUAUUGGAGCCCUGAUAGUUCUGAUUGUAGUCUUAACUCCUCGACUGCGAAAGUGUCUUCCAUGUGCUAAAGCAACAGCCCAUGAAGCAUAAUUUGGAGCACUGGACUAAAGAAUAAUAUCAAUUAUAUCAAGUAUUACAUAGUUAAUCAAUGGGAGAAAAACUAUAUGUUCAUAUAUUUUAUUUUUUAAAAUAGAAUAAAAGGUUUUAGCAUUAUUUUAGAUCAUAUGUUUUUUUAAAAAAAUAUGAAGUUUAUUCAUAGAAUGAGUGUAUGAAAACAAGUUUAUACUUUUAGAUUAAUUUUAAUCAAUGACCUACUUGUCAGUAUGGAUGAAAACAUAAUGGCCUUUCAACUCAAUAUAAGUUAAUUAUAUUACUGACUUUGAAAAACUGAAGACUGGGAAACCAAGUAAGUGGUUUGAGAGGAAAAAGACAGAAGAUGGAGGAAGGAAUAAGGACUGCAUCCCUACGACUUCUCUUCAGGGUAUCCCCUCCUGCCAUUGCAUUU